GUCUACAGCUCAGUUUUAAUAAGAGAAAAACCUUCGUAUAACCUGCACAAUGGCUUUCAAGUUGCUCGCAUUGGUCUCCCUCAUCGCUGCCGCGUCUGCCGGCCUUAUCCCUGUGGAACAUCAUGAACAUCAUGAGCCACAGCUCUACCACGCUGCAGUUCCUCAGCAACAGCAUGUGAUCUACCAGAAACCUCACGAUAUUCACGGCCACGCCCAUGCCCAUGAGGUUUAUCCCGAUGAUCCUCAUCCCAAGUACAACUUUGCCUAUGAUGUGCAGGAUGCUGUGUCUGGCGACUCCAAGAGCCAAGUGGAAUCCCGUGACGGCGAUGUGGUGCAGGGCGAAUACUCUCUGGAUGAUGCCGAUGGCUUCCGUCGCACCGUCAAGUACACGGCCGACUCCGUCAAUGGCUUCAAUGCUGUCGUUCAUCGUGAGCCACUCGCCCACACACACCACAAAGUGAUUGCUGCCGCUCCCGCCUCCCCCGUGCAAUACCACCAUGCUGCACCAACGGCUGUGUUGAAGGCACCUGUGUCAUAUGCUGCUCCUGCUUAUGUUGCACCCACUUAUGCUGCUCCUGCUCCCUCCUAUGUUCACCACGAGCACGAGCCACUGCACCAACAGCACCACGAACAGGAGUUGCAGCAUCAGCACUAUGCCACCUAUGAGACACCUGCCCCUGCCACGCACGAUGCCAACGACUACUACCACCACUAGAUCUGCCACGUGCACCGACGAAAGUAUUAUUGCAUCCCCCAUUCCUUGUAUUCAUUGUCACAUGUUCUU